AUUAUAAAUGUAGACUAUAAUAACUAAGAAUAAUUAUUUUUGAUGUUCUAGAAACAGGAAUCAAAAGCAUACUUAGGAAAUCUAAAAGGAUUUAAAGCAUAGAAACGGUCCCAGUGAAUUCUUCAUGUAAUCUAAAGUGGUCUGCAAACUUAAUAAGGGGAAUUGCUAAUCUUGGAUCACUUUGAAAGUGAUGAAAUAAGCACUGAUGACUGUAGGAGUCUAGGAGUUUGGUCAAAAGGACAAGGGCUAAAGGUCUGGAUUUGUGUCAUGCUCAGCCUAUGAGGAUUCCACCAUCUGAAGGGGUGCUUGCCUAAGCCCCGAACCCGAAGAUUUUAUGUGUGAUUGAGUUGGUCAGGUCAAUACUGAUUGGAGAUACUGUCCUCACUGGACUUGCCCAGAAAGACUGCAAAGAGGAGCCAAAAAUUCCUCCUUAAACUGAGAGUUCUCUGGGAAGCACUUGAGAUUUCAUUUGACUGGUUUAUACCUAUGAGAAACUCCCCAAGCCUGAGAUCUUCCACCCUGAGCCUGGGCAGCUGUCAGCACAGCGCUCCUGGGAUCACAGUUUAUUGAAAAAAGGAUUCAAAAAAGUUUCAGACGACUGGAAAAAGAAUGCUCCGAGGCCGAUCUCUAUCUGUAACAUCCCUGAGUGGGCUUCCUCAGUGGGAAGUUGAAGAACUUCCUGUGGAGGAUUUACUGCUUUUUGAAGUCGCUUGGGAAGUAACCAAUAAAGUUGGUGGCAUCUAUACUGUGAUUCAGACAAAGGCCAAAACCACAGCAGAAGAAUGGGGAGACAAUUAUUUUCUGAUUGGCCCAUAUUUUGAGCAUAAUAUGAAGACUCAGGUGGAACAGUGUGAACCUAUAAAUGAUGCUGUUAGAAGGGCAGUGGACACAAUGAAUAAACAUGGCUGCCAGGUGCACUUUGGAAGAUGGCUGAUAGAAGGAAGUCCUUACGUGGUGCUCUUUGACAUAGGCUAUUCUGCUUGGAACCUGGACAGGUGGAAGGGUGACCUCUGGGAAGCAUGCAGUGUUGGCAUACCUUACCAUGACCGAGAAGCCAACGAUAUGCUCAUAUUCGGAUCUUUAACUGCCUGGUUCUUAAAAGAGGUGACAGAUCAUGCAGAUGGGAAACAUGUCAUUGCCCAAUUCCAUGAAUGGCAGGCGGGAACUGGACUGAUCCUUUCUCGAGCUCGGAAACUUCCCAUUGCUACAAUAUUUACCACUCAUGCCACACUGCUUGGGAGAUAUCUCUGUGCAGCAAACAUUGAUUUCUACAACCAUCUUGAUAAGUUUAACAUAGACAAAGAGGCUGGGGAAAGGCAGAUUUACCACCGGUAUUGCAUGGAGCGGGCCUCUGUCCAUUGUGCUCAUGUGUUCACCACAGUAUCCGAAAUAACAGCAAUAGAAGCAGAACAUAUGCUGAAGAGGAAGCCUGAUGUGGUUACUCCAAAUGGCUUGAAUGUUAAGAAAUUUUCAGCGGUACAUGAGUUUCAAAAUCUACAUGCCAUGUACAAGGCCAGGAUCCAAGAUUUUGUUCGAGGUCAUUUCUAUGGUCAUCUGGACUUUGACCUUGAAAAAACUUUGUUCCUUUUCAUUGCUGGGAGAUACGAGUUUUCAAACAAAGGAGCUGACAUCUUCCUAGAAGCCUUAUCCAGGCUAAAUUUUCUGCUGAGGAUGCAUAAAAGUGACGUUACAGUGGUGGUGUUUUUCAUCAUGCCUGCCAAGACAAAUAAUUUCAAUGUGGAAACGCUGAAAGGCCAGGCAGUGCGGAAACAGCUAUGGGACAUUGCACAUUCUGUGAAGGAAAAAUUUGGGAAGAAACUCUAUGAUGCAUUGUUAAGAGGAGAAAUUCCUGACAUGGACAAUAUUUUGGAUCGAGAUGAUGUAACAAUUAUGAAAAGAGCCAUCUUUUCAACCCAGCGACAGUCUUUGCCUCCAGUGACCACUCACAAUAUGAUUGAUGACUCCACUGAUCCCAUCCUCAGCACCAUUAGACGGAUCGGACUUUUCAACAGCCGCACAGACAGAGUCAAGGUAAUUUUGCACCCAGAGUUUCUAUCCUCCACCAGCCCCUUAUUACCCAUGGAUUAUGAAGAGUUUGUCCGAGGUUGUCAUCUUGGAGUAUUUCCAUCAUACUAUGAACCGUGGGGUUAUACUCCAGCUGAAUGCACUGUGAUGGGUAUCCCCAGUGUGACAACCAACCUUUCUGGCUUUGGCUGUUUCAUGCAGGAGCACGUGGCUGAUCCUACUGCUUACGGUAUUUACAUUGUUGACAGGAGAUUCCGCUCUCUGGAUGAUUCUUGCAAUCAGCUGACUCAGUUUCUCUAUGGAUUUUGCAAACAGUCACGCCGCCAAAGAAUUAUUCAGAGAAACCGAACUGAGAGGCUCUCCGAUCUUCUGGAUUGGAGAUACUUGGGCAGAUAUUAUCAGCAUGCCAGGUACCUGACCUUAAGUAGAGCUUUUCCAGAUAAAUUCCAUAUGGAGCCUACAUCACCACCAACGACUGAAGGAUUUAAAUACCCCAGGCCUUCCUCAGUUCCACCUUCCCCUUCAGGGUCUCAGGUCUCUAGUCCUCAAAGCAGUGAUGUGGAAGAUGAAGAAGAGGAUGAGCGAUACAAUGAGGAAGAGGAAGCUGAAAGGGAUCGGUUAAAUAUCAAGUCGCCAUUUUCUCUGGGCCGUGUUCCUCGUGGGAAGAAAAAGCUGCAUGGUGAAUACAAGAACUGAAUUCCACGCGUGUCGGAACAGAGUAAGAGUGAUUAUCUAAAGAAAUGAACAUGCUACAAAUUCUAUUUUCUUCUUUUACGUGUUACAACGGGAUUUAUUCUCUGCCUACGAAGGGGAGAAGAUUAAGUGAAUGACAAUUUGGAAUUUCUAAUAAAAUCCAAGUUAUUUUCCCCUACUCCUUUUCCCCAGUAAAUUUAGGCAAGAGGAAGAAUGUCCAUUAAAGGAGGAAGACCAGAAAUGUUUUUAAAAUGUUAGCUUAAGCAAUAAGAAUUUUCAUUUGCUAGUGUUUAUUUUUAAAUUAUCAUCACCAUAAUCCUGUGCUUAGUAUUUAUACAGCUGCUAUAUCUACCAAACAAGCCUCCCAUUUUCCCUGUGAAGGAUCCUGAUCUGAGCCCUGAACGUGCACUAUGUACAUAUUUUAAAUAAUUCUGUCUUCAGUGAUUAUGUUCAUGUUUCACAUGAUUCAGAACCAUGAAUUUCUAUCUAGCUUUGCCCACAAUCAAAAUCCAUAAGAAAAAAAAAAGCUACCUUAAAUCCAGAUCCUGAUACAUAUUAAUGCAUAUUUACAAGGUCACUUCUCAACUUAAUGAUGGGAAAAUGUUACCAUCUGCGCUAUACCAUCUGACUGUAACAAAGUACAAACAAAAGAGCAAAUGGAAAUUCACAGACGUGCAAACACCUGGUUUUGAGUGGCAUAUUUCUACCCUGCACUCGCUCCUCCAUUCAGACAGCUGCUGCCACUGGACUCUAUCCCCUUGCUCCAGUCCUUUCUUCGUCCUUCCCCAAGACUGACAAAGCCCGGUGAGGAGCAACAGAUAAGGAUCGUUAGUAGAUGACUCUGUUUCUAGCACAUUGCCUUAUACACAGUAGCGGCACAAAUGAGUGGUCUCAUUGGGAGAAAUAGAGGUACAAAAAAAUGAUGUUUUUAAAGAAUGUAGGUUUGCAUAAGUUGGAGUAUAGGAACUAUAGAAAAUAGUUAAUGUGUGCCUGACCAGCCGACAGAAGACUUUUAUGCAUUGUCCCACCCUGCCUUCCAUGUUAAGAGUUAGGGUGAACAGAGCUGGUUUUACAUAUACUGAUGAGAAGAUAAAAUGUUACAAGGGCUCUGCUAAUAGUUUCCCAGGGCACAAGGAGGACUCAGGAGAGGGACUGGUCAAAGGCACUUGGGGAGGUCCAAAGGGUGAGGAUACACUUCUGUGAAGUCAUGUGGGGGAUACAAGUGAGGGCUUCACAUGGUGGUUAUAAGGAUCAGAUCAUAUUCUAAACAAACUCUUACUAAAGGAAUUCAUAGUCCAGUAGGAGGGGACCAACUGGUUACAUUCCCAACUUCCCUUUCUCCUGAGGCUGAAGCAAAACAAUGUAACUCAAGGUGGAUAGGAUAUAGACUUUCAUUUCUCGUAACCAGAUAAAGGGGAAAUGUUAGCUGGAGGCUGAUUUUUUUUUAAAAGAUUUUAUUUAUUUAUCUGAGAGAGAACGGGAGACAGAGAGCAUGAGGGGGGGAGGGUCAGAGGGAGAAGCAGGCUCCCCGCCGAGCAGGGAGCCCGACGUGGGACUCGAUCCCGGGACUCCAGGAUCAUGAACCGAGCCGAAGGCAGUCGCCCAACCACCUGAGCCACCCAGGUGCCCCUGGAGGCUGAUUUUUAACGGGCGGGGGCCUCUGCUUUCUCUCCUCUCUUGGGGUCAUAAUGGUGCUGUCAGGGGAGAGGAGGUAUCCACUGGGGAAACCCAGGGAAACAAAGAGUAAUUGAGAGCCCAAGCUGGAAGGCAGAUAGCCACAGGGGAGGAAGGAUUCCCACCCAAAGAGGGGAAGAGCUACAGGAGCUGUGCUCAAAGGGGCUGCAAGUCCCACCUGAGGUAGCGAUAUUCAAGUACGUGGGUUUGCCUGGCAGGGGGUUAUUUCCCAGUUUUAAAAUACAAGCCAUACAAUGUGACCAUCUUUUGUUCAUUUCAAUUUUGAAAAAGAUGGAAAUAAAGAGAAUUGCAAAGAUAUCCCAAGAGAGACAAUGUUAUAGCAGCCGGGCAAAGGGGACUGUAUGCAACUACUAUGCUUUUUUUGUUGUUGCUGUUUUAGGAUUUUUUAUUAUUAUUAUUUGAGAGAGAGGAGAGAGAGAAAGAAUGAGUGGGGGGAGAGGCAGAGGGAGAGGGAGAAGCAGACUCCCCACUGAGCAGGGAGCCAGAUAUGGGACUCGAUUACAGGAACUGAGACCAUGACCUGAGUCGAAGGCAGAUGCUUAACCAACGGAGCCACCCAGGCGGCCUGCAACUCCUAUGUUAAUCAGCACAUCUGUAUGGCAGAACAACAUUCAAGGAAUUCAAUACUUGGUAUUAUAUACAAUACUAAUAGUCUUCCAAUAUGAUACUGAAUUAUUUUAAUAGUUGUUGGCCAUUUAGAAGGUUUUUAAAAACUGUUUUAGUGUGAAAGACUUGAGAUUGUUCUAUUUAGUUGUGGGAAGAAUUGUUUCAUGUGUUGGGGUUUUUUAAACAGUCUUGGAAUAAGCAUAAUGUUUAAAUAGCCAGUAUGUACACCUCUAUGUCAGAGGAGUAAAAUCUCAAUAAACUGGACAUAUGCACUAUCUAGAAAAUCCACUUAAAUCAAAUCAUAAUAAAUGACAAAUGCCUAUUAUGAUACCACAUAUUUUUUAAUGCUAGCAUGUUAUUUUUUGGAAGAGAUCAGUGUGACAAUGACUUGAAUAUAGUUUCAUUAUUCAAUUACGAUACAAGAUACAGACAAAUCUUAUAAGCAGGGUUUUGACUUCAUAACACAGUGAAAUUGUAACUCCUAGGUACAAAUACCUUCGCAUAAAGAUAUCCUUUAAUAAUGGCUAUAUACUGAUGACAGUAAGAAUUAACAAUACUUUCCACUUAUGACAUUUAUCAAUAACAACUCUCAACUAACUAGGUCAAAAAAAUUAACAUGUUGAUCAUAUUGUAACUCCAAAUAAAUAGGUUAUUAUGCUCACUGUGUGUGUGUGUGUGUGUGUAUUUUUUCAGAUAGUUUUAAAAGUCUUAGAAGGAGCAGAUGAGGCUCUGAGUACUGAUGUUAUCGGGGUGCCUUUAUCUAACGUUUUAAUGUAAAAUAAAGCCUAGAGCUCU